CGCGGCGACCAUCGCAGCACUCACCCGCUCGGCGUUAGACAAGCUCGCUCGGUUUUCCAGGGUGACGCUGGAAGCAGCUAGUCCACGACUCACUUCAAGCCUCGCUCGACGGAAGCAGAGGGAGCGAUUUGCAGGUAGUCACGACGGGGCGCAGGUCUGGACGCCGGGCCUCAGACUUCGGGAGUCCUUAGCUUCCGUCAGGAGGCUGGAGGUCAGGUAGCCCGGACUCCGAGGAACCCGCGACAAUUGCACUUCCGGGGCUCUCAGUAGCCCUCCGGAUGCCCCGCCCCUCGCUGUCCGUUCCUUUAACUCGUCCCUCGAGCUAGUCAGGCAAACCUAAGUCUUUGCGUUCCAGUUGCCGGGCAGGAAAAAGAUGGUAGUAGUCUCCUCGGCCUCACCAGGUGGGAAGGGCGGCCGGAGAAACAAGACCGCAGAAAGCAGCGCGGCUUCCUGUGAGGGACCGGAAAACAGCGACUCCUGUGGGCGCCGCGCUUAGCGGUUGCGCCUCAACUCUAUGGUUCUGGGUGGCUAGACGCGCCCAAUUUGGGUAUUUUUUUUUUGGAAGGCGGCUCAUAAGACGACCCGGAAGCGGAAGUCGAAGAACGUUCUAGUAGCUUGAGGUAUCGGCGGGAGCUGCCGAGUAGCGCGAGCAGCCGUUACCAGAGCCGGAGCUGCCGGUGAGCGUGAGCGGUUAAACCUGAUCAAGAUGACAACUUCCCAAAAGCACCGAGACUUCGUGGCAGAGCCCAUGGGGGAAAAGCCAGUGGGGAGUCUGGCCGGGAUUGGUGAAGUCCUGGGCAAGAAGCUGGAGGAAAGGGGCUUUGAUAAGGCUUAUGUUGUUCUUGGCCAGUUUCUGGUGCUAAAGAAAGACGAAGACCUCUUCCGAGAAUGGCUGAAAGACACGUGUGGUGCCAAUGCCAAGCAGUCCCGGGACUGCUUUGGGUGCCUUCGAGAAUGGUGCGAUGCCUUCUUGUAGUGCACUCUGGGGACUCCUCAGUUCCCCCAGCCACAGAAUCUAGUCUGCAGAGUCGGCAGCUGGGUGGGGCUCCUCCCUGUCCCCAUGAAGGAAAAGAUUGCUGUUGUCACAGUCACCUCCUUUGUACUCCGGGGUCUUUUGGGAGUUCUCUUCCC